AUGUUAGUUCACCUCGGUACCGAACCUGGUUCAAAGGCAUAUCGACUUCUGAACCCAACAAAUCGAAGAAUAGUUGUUAGCAGGGAUGUAGUAUUCGAUGAGGAUCAAAGUUGGAACUGGAAUGGCAAAGAAGAUGCUAACUCUGGAGCUUAUGAGAUACUUUUUGGUAAGUUUGGUGAUCAAGGAACACAAGAAGAUGUGAUCAUGGAAGAAGAUCAUGACGAACCUUGGGAUUUCAAUGAAGCUAAGGCUCAUAAGGAAUUGAUAGUGGCUUGCGAGGAUGAGAUUGAGUCCAUAAUCAAAAACAAGACGUGGAACUUGGUUGAUUUUCCUAUAGGAGCUAAAGCUAUCGGUUUAAAGUGGGCACCACAUGCCUGGAAUAUCAAACUCAACGAGAUUCUUCAUGGGCUUAACUCUGUCAAGUGCUCGAAAGAACCGUCUCUUUACCGGAGGAAGGAAAACAAUCACCUACUGAUGGUUGCAGUGUAUGUAGAUGAUUUUCUCGUUACCGACUCGGACCUAGCGAUGAUAUAUGAGUUUAAACGAGAGAUGGCUGCGAAAUUCAAGAUGAGUGAUCUUGGGAAACUGACGUAG